CGCUACCUGAAUAUCUACCCAAGAUGUGGGGAAGCAAGGCCAUGGAGUGAACGUUUUCUUAUAUGUCCGCACACCUAGUAUUCCAACGCCCAGGAUUAUCUCAUACUCAAGUUCCAUUAAUUCUCAUCGACGGCAAUAUUAUAGACUUGAUUGAGCCUAACCACUAAAAUACCCCCUCCAUUCGAAGGCAUAAGGACCCUUGAUUCCAUGACCUUCAACGAUUCUACGCUAUCUCGACCAGCGGUUUCCAACAACGCUGUGACCAUGCCUCAGCAACCCUUGGCGUCUCAGAGAAAACCCAGGAAAUUCCAACCCGAGCUUGUCGAAACCUCAUCACGCAGUUCUAAGGAAGUUCGAACAAAAAGCCAGGCUACACAAGCCCCACUAGAUGGCCGCAGGCGCUCAGAUGGUCAGUACAUGGAGCUGAUAUCCAGGGAGGACCCUAUCGUACUUUAUGAUAACACGGAAGGACAAGAUGCCGAACCCAUUGAUGCUAUGCAAAUGCCAAGGUGCGCAGGAAUCGAACUAGAAGCGGAUUCACACAAACCAAGCGAACAAAGAUCAAAAGUUACGGCUAGGGUCGGCAGGCACUCCUCAAUUGGGCCUACUGAAAUAAAACCCAGUGAAUUCGACGACGCGAAACAUAUAGGGCCUAGAAGAUUCGCACCACAGCUCAUGGAAACAGGCACACGCUCUUUCCGUCGAAUGAAAACCUCUCAUACAAUCAUUCAAGAAACGAGCAACUCAUUGGUACUGGGAGAGAUUCCAACCCUUGUCACCGCGGUCGGCAAUAAUGCACAUAAUCACAGGCACGUGGCCCAUGAAUCUUUUUUCUCGUACAUGAACUUGUGCCGGCGGCAACAGACGAGGAGGCACUCGUUCCGGAUCCCUGACCUUCCUGCAAUUCCUUCUAGUUGUAGCGAGACAUCUGAUACGUCUGAUAAUCCGUCGGCACCUGCAUCGCCUGAUAGAAUGGAGAAAGACAACUGUGCCGAUAUUAAAACCCGAGGGAGCUCCGAGGACGAAAAUACAGAAUACCUUUCCGCCAUCGCAGCUAUCACAGUAGAGAAACAGCUUAAAGAACAAGCCCUAGCAGCUUUUCCAAACGAACAAGAUCAUCAGCCCGUCGAUCACUUUGCUAUUGAUCGAGAAGAGGAAGAGUUCCUGAAUAAUGAACGUGCAACCUCUCAUGUGGGAAUCCCACCUCAAUACACCCAUCGACGAACAUCAUCUGCCGAUCUUUCAUGGGAGCUAGACUACAUGCGCAGACAUAAAGAAGAAGCCGAGAUGAGUGAUCGUGCAAUGGCUCGAACCAGAGGGUCACCAUUCUUAUCACCGAAUGAUGUUACCUCGCUUGGAUUCAGGAGGCCAGCGAGACACCAUGAUAAUCGAGUUCGGGGUCGUGAUCUUGAACCAACCAGGAGCAAUGCUACCCCGCCGAUGCUCGGAGAGGAUCUUAUCUUCCCUCAAAGCCUGUCUCCAGAGUCAACAGUAUGCGAGGGUAGCAAUAUUCAACACAACGUCACACGCAAUAGACUUUGUGUUUUCUCUGGACUCUGGUAUGGAAGUCCUCAUGCGAACAAUAGGUCCAACAAUGGCGGUCUUUGGAAAGGCACUUGCAAAACUUCAAGUCCGGAAGAAAUACAAUCACCGCGGUGUUCAAUUGCAGACUCAAUUGCACAGACAUACACAUCUUCCACCCUUCAGCCGACCGAUGUAAAUCGCCCAACGGAUAAUAACCAGUUACUCCUGCCUACGACUCACUAUAAAAUACAAGAAGACUUCCGUGAUGAGUCACUCGAAACGGAAUUGCAAGAUGGUUUGGUUACUCAGAUAUACAAUUAUCUUUCGCUUGGUUAUCCCUGUGUUGCCCGAUAUUUUGACCACGAACUCAGCAGGAUCUCUGGUAUACCGGUGGCAGAUUUAAGACAAGAUGAUCUGAACACAGAUGCAAGGGGCCAUGUCGGUGUUUCCGACAGUCCUUCGAUGGGGGACGACAUCUCAACACGUGCCUGCAUGCGCUGGAAGGCUCUACAACUGUACAUAUUCGAUUGGGCACGCGAGCGGCAUCGUGUCGGAUUUAAUGACAUGAAUGGAGAACAUGGAGCAUGGGGCGUAUGUGAACGCAAAGGAAGUUGGGCUGUUUGAAGCAAUGCAGCAAAUUUAUACCAGGGCCCGCUGACCCGGUACGCACGACGCAGACCUGAGCCUCCCGCUUAUGUCACGGGACACGAACUGAGCUUAGGCUGAUCUCCUGUGGCACCUUGUUCAGUUUGCGCCGCAUUGAAGGGGUUCGUGACACGCAUUUACUUAAAGCUUCAUACACAUGCAAAAGAUGGGUAGAAGAAAUUUAUUUUAUAUUUUGAAGGUAGGGCCGGAGCUCUAUUGGUGGUUCCCAUCUAGCCUAUCAGGCCGUGCCUUGGAUGAGCGAGGGCUUUGAUGUGAUAUGUUCAUGCAGAACUUAUUUUCCGUCCGCGAGUGGCCCCCCCGAAAGUCUUCUUUGGUUUGAAGUGGAAGUUUGUUGUCUGGAAAGCAUGAUUGCCGAGCCAUGCGGUAGCAUAGAAUGACCAUUGUCGGCAACUUGCUUGUUGUUCUUCAUUAG